CGUAUAUAAGUAGUCGGGGCGCGCUCGGAAUGACCCUGUCUACUUCUCUGAAGCCUCGACACCUGCUCGCGCAUCCAGCUUAAUAGCCAACCCGCACUCGCGCCAGUGUCUCUACCAGCCAUAACACCCUCACAUACGAUGGACUUCUUCCGCGAAUUCUCGCUCUCGAGCGUCAACGACUCAUCAGCAUCACUUUCAUCGCCCGCACCCAGCGAGCAGACAUCCUCGAGCCAUAACACAUCCGCACGGCAUGAUGCACCUCUGCCAGUUUCCGACGCGUCUCUCGACGACGUCGAGAACGCCCCUGUCGACUACGAGCGCAGUACUGUUGCAUUCUACUGCAUCGUCGCAUGACGACGCCCUACGAGCUCGACACAUUCUGUCUUGAGAAACCUACAGAUAUGAACCAUCUUCAUCCGUCUUUGACAUCGCCGGCACAGGCAUGCGCGCGAUGCACACCCUCCUUCGCCUGUUCCUGCUUUUCUUCACUCUACUCAUCGUUAUCAUUAUUCAUCAUCGCAAUUGCCAACGUUCUUUCUUAUACGACUCGCCGUCGUUGUACUCUACCUGUACUUUGAACCUUCUCUCCUUCUUGGACCCGCGGACUGAACGAGGUCUCGCGUAGCUACAGCACUCGCCUGCGCCGCAUUUGUACUUUUCGACCUAUGUAUUCAACUACCUACUUCCCCCGUACGCCACCAGGGCGUACUACUGCUUGUAUCAUAUCAUACAGCGCCUACCUAUUCUCCUCUCUACCUAUCUUUCUACUGCAAUCAAGGACUCUGAACAUCUC